CCAUGAAGGCUGAACGGUCCUAAGACUCUGUGUCCCGCCAUCGAGGCUCGUGCUUCUCUGAUUCUCUCCCAGCUUCUUCCUUCGCUUACUCUCACAAACUACUUCAAUGACUACCUUCCUGCUCACUUCCUUCACUUCACCAUCUCUAUGUCUUCUUCUUCGUUCUCGUUCUUCUGUUCCAUUCAGUCCCAUCCAUUUGCAGGUGCUUCAUUUCCAUCCUGCUUCAGUGAUGCGAAAUUGGAAGGUUGGAGCAUUUUCCUUCAAUGGAAGUGAGAGGAGAAAUUUGGUCUCUGCAUUGGAUCAAGAUGGUCUGACUGAUAUUCUUAGCACUGCAGAUUACAAGGCUAAGGAAGUUGAAGAUAAGGCAGAGCUUGAAUCUCUGCUGCAAAACGGUAGUUGUAUAAAAGAAGCAUGGUCUCAAUUUGCGAAGAGAGUCUCUGGUGAAUGGGACGGAUUUGGAGCUGACUUCUCUAAUGAAGGGAAGGCUAUUGAAUUACCAGAAUUGGUAGUCCCUGAAGCAUUCCGCGAGUGGGAGGUUAAGUUAUUUGACUGGCAAACUCAGUGUCCCACUCUUGCUGAAUCAGAGGAGAACAUUCUUAUAUACAAGAACAUCCUGUUGCUUCCUACUGUUGGUUGUGAGGCUGAUGCGGCCACAAGAUUCAAGGUGGAUGAAAGGCAAGUGGGAGGAGUAAACGGUGGGGUUAGUGCCUUUGCUUAUCAAUCAAGUGGAUGUUAUGUUGCUGUCUGGCAGAAGGAGGAUAAACUAUUGGAGCUGGAAUACUGCUUGAUCAAUCCUCAAGACCCUGAGUCGCGAGUGAGGAUCAUUCAGUUUGUCCGUGUGUUGGAUAACACAAACAUGGUGCUACAGAGCAUCAAAGUAUUUUGUGAGCAAUGGUAUGGACCAUUUAGGAAUGGUGAACAACUAGGAGGUUGCGCCAUCCGUGAUUCUGCAUUCGCUUCUACCGCUCCCAUGACUGCCUCACAAGUUGCUGGUAAUUGGCAUGGGUCCAAAGCUGUUGCUACCAUUGGCACCUCAAAUACUGGGAUCUUUCAUGAGCUUUCGGGUGACAACAUUCUGAACUGUGUCAGAGAUGGAAGCAACGAGAUAUUACUUCCUAAACAAUUGUGGUGUUCAUUUAAGCGAAGCAAGGAUGGUGAAGCUCUUAGUGAAGUGGGAUGGCUUCUAGAUCAUGGACAGGCAAUCACAUCAGCCUGCCUGUUUUCAAGCACUGCAAAAGCCAAGGAAAUAUCAAUAGCAUUAGAAACAAAAUGUUUGGAAGAUGUAUAGCGGUGGUGGAAAUCCAUUCAGUUCAGAGUUCAGAUCCAUACCUUGUUUACAGUGAAGCAUUAUUCUUCGUUCAGCAAUAGAUAAGGCUCAACCACAAAUAUGACCAAUUUAUCUGGCAAAUAUAUCUUACCCUUAAUUUCACAUAGAUUACAAAAUGUAUGCAAGGUUCAUUUAUCUUAUCCAUCGAUGUUAUCUUCCCAUCCCUUCGGAACCCUGUUAAACUUGCACCCAUGUAAUAGAAAUUUGCUGAAUAAUUAAUAACAUGAAAAUAUGCUGGAAAUUGUUUAAGCUUUUAA